CAGGUGAAUUUUAUAUUUACGUUAGACAGACAUAGGGACUGCUUUUCUUUAAAUUUUCAGUCUUUUCCUCCUUAAAUUUAACAACUCAAUUCUGUUUUUUCCUAAUACUUAUUUCUCCAAAUUUUAAAGAUAACGUUUCUUCCGCAGGUGAUUCAGCCUUAAUGGAAAGUUUAACAAAGCUUGGGGACACUGUUUCCACUUUGGCGGCAAAGGUUGACGACAAGGCAAAAACAGCUGAACGAGCAAAACAAACAGCAUUAGUUGGCAAUACGUUAUCUAAGCUUGAUAAGGCUAUUGAAGCAAUGACUGCCAAGGCGGGCACGGAUGCUGCAAUUGCAGCGGCAGCAGGUGGGGCAGCAGGCGGAGCUGGUGGUGAUGGUGGAGGAGGUGGAGGUGGAGGUGGAGUAGUGUCUCCAGAGAUACUAAAGCUCGAGACUACAGUUGGAAGUUUGGCAGACAAAGUUGAUUCCGUUGCCGAUAAAGUUGACAAAGGUACAUCUGGUGACGUUUCGCUUAAUCCACAAGCUGCUGCAGCUCAAACAAAAAUAACAGAACAGCUAAGCACCAUGGGUGAAGCGAUUGGAAAACUUGCUGGAGAAAUGGAUGCUUUAAAGGAGAUCGCAAAAACCAAGCAAACAACAGUUGGAGCUUUUAAAGAUGAUAAAGCCUUAGACCAAGCCACCAAACUAUUAUUAGCUUUACAGAAAGGACAACCUCCUCCUUUACAACAAGUUGUUGAUGGGUAUACCCAAUCAGUAAAGGCCGCUCAAAACCCAGUAGCACCACCUGAUACUGGUACUGCUGCGGCGAUCCUGGCAACUGCUACGGUCAAUCAAGCAUUGAAUGCGAUUAAAAAUGCCGCUAAAGCAACUGGACUUUCUGGCACAGCACUUGGUACGGCACUGUCGUCGACACCAUUUAAUGGACCGAAGUCUGAUCCAAGUGACUCUAUGAAACAGCUGACAAAAUUAAUGAAGGCAGCAGCAGGGCCUGACAAGCCUCCACCUGCUUUACCAGAUGGCGGUGGAGGAGGAGGCGGCAAAGGUGGUGGUGGUGGCGGUGGCGGUGGUGGUGGCGGUGGCAGUGGAGGUGGUGGUGGUGUGGGAGGUGGAGGUGCUGGUGGCGGUGGCGCUGCUGGUGGAGCUUCCCCUCCAGGUCCAUUUGCACCAGGUCCUGGUACAGGCGUUAUUGGAAGUAUCUUGGGUGGUCUCUUAGGAGGGCCAUCUGUUGCUGUUCCAGCUGGAGCUGCAGAACUUGCUAAAGAAGGACCUAUCCACCUGGAGCCAAUGGCUGGACAAAUGGCCCCCGCCCUAGGAGCAGGUUUAGCUUCUGGUUUAGCAGGAGCACCUAAUGCUCUACCAGCAGAUUAUCAGCAUGAACCCUCGUCAAGUUUAGUUGCACAUGGACUGCCUCCUGGAAUAGCAGGAGCAAUGGGUAUUUCAGGAUUAGCUGGUGAUGGCAUGUUUAAUCUUUUUGGAAACGGAGGUGGCGGAGGUUUCGGUGGAUCUGAUGUUGGUAAUUACGGUGGUGGCUAUGGUGGAAGCGGACUGGCCUCACUCAGUGGUGGUGGCGGUGGUGUAGGUUCUUUUAGUCAAGGUGGAGGAGGCGUCGGUGGAAGUCUUGGUCCUGGUUUUGGUCUAGGAUGGUUAAAUAAUGCACCGAUGACGGGUAUUGGUAGAAGUUUCUCCCCUCCACCUCUCAAACCGUCAUCCAUUGUUGACCUGAUAUCGGCUUUAGCAAAAACCAACUCGCAGCUUCCAGUAACUGCAGAUACAAAACAAACUAUUUCUGACUCUCUAAGUUCAAAAAUAACUCAGCAUGGAAACGAGGCUACUUACUCUUCCAAUGAUCCAACACCAGUUGUUAAAUCGACAAAUGACACAGCUAAUGCUUCCCCGAGUACUGUUAUGAAUUCUGAUCCUAUGAAGGCCUAUAUGAAAUCUGUAGCAGAUGCCAUGAACACGCCAAAUGCCAUAACUCAAAACCUUCCAUCACGAAACAUGUUUGCUUUGUUGUCAAAACCUGCAGAAAAUAAACUUCCUGCAAAUUUUGCCAACUUGCUAUCCAACGCGCACGCAGAUGACUUGCUCAAUAGUUUGCAGAGUCAAAACAAUUUAGUUUCACCCCUAGCACAACCAAAUAUGUUUGGUUUAGCAAGUCCAGAUCCAGCCAGUAAUAUUGUGGAUUAUUUAACAAGAACCAUAGCAAAUUCGAUAUUAGCGAAGCGUGGGGAUGUGUCUAACUAUAAGACUCUUUCUGAAAGUGAACAAAAGGAAUUGCAGAUUUUGCUAAAGAAAGAAAUUGUGAGUAAAGUUUUUGGAACAAAAGACAAACUGAAUGAUACGUCCUUUAAAACACAGCAAUCUAAAGAUGAAUCUCGUUCUCUGAAUAUUCCUGAAAAUCCCACCGUUUCUCGGUUUGAUAACCCAGCCAAAACAGUAACAGUUGAUGACAGUCGACAAAACGAGGCCUUAAGAAGAGUGCUGGAGAAGAAAGUAUCAAAUUACAUGAUCAAUGAAAAAUCAAAGAACCUCCAAAUCCAAGAUGGAGGAGAAAAUAAAAUAAAUCUACCAUCCAGUGAAAUAAAAUCCUACGUAAAAGUUCCUGGUAAAAACAUGUAUCAAGUUUUUCCUGGCUUUCGCCCUGCAAGUUACUUGAACAUCAAUGGAAAACUAUACGAAAGAACUGGAGUUGGGCGCUAUCACGUGGUUAAAUCAAAGCAACCUAUUGCUACUAUAGGCUCAUCUUUAAAUCACGUGACUAAACCGACACAAUCCAUUGGUAGUUUGGGAUCAAUUUUCAGUAAAGGUCUCAAUCAUAUACCAAGAAAAAAACACAAAGACGAAAAAGUUGUAGUCAAAAGCGUAAAUAGAAAAUCCGGAAUUGAUUCGCAAAAUAGCGUUAAAAUAAAUGACACAUUUAACCCUAAUGUAAAAAGGACUUUAGUUGAUAUACCAGUCGAUGGUACGGUUGAAAAACCUAUCCCAGUACUAGAUAUACCUGCUGAAGAAAAAGUCAAACUGACACCCAUAGAAAAGUUAAAGAAUUUUUAUCAUCUAAAUAGAACUACUGACAAAUAUGUGGCUGCAUCAAAACGAGACUACGAUAAAAGAAGAAAAGAUGAGGACGAAGAUAAAGAAAACACUGAAAGUGAAAGAGACCACGGAUCAAGUAGCGAUGACGAUUUUGACGGAGCUGAAGAUGUUCACAGUGAUAAAGAUGAAAUGGAUGACGCCGAUGAUGAACAGUGGGAGGCUGAUUACAAAAAGAGAAAAGAUGCUUACCGAGAUAAAAAAGAUCGUGACGAAGAACAAUCGCGGGAAGUCGAAGAAAAAACUGAAAUUGAGCGCGAUAAUGAUAAAGAUGACAACGAGGUUAAUCAUCCACCUGAUCAACUCGAACUCGAGGCUGAAGAAGACAGUCAUAGACGAAGUAGAGACAAAGAUGAUGAACCCUCAAAUAACACUGAAUAUGAAAAACAACAACCAUCAACACAGCAUGCACAUCGCCGAUUUCAAGAAGAGGAUGAGCACCAUAAUUCUUCGUUUGAACAUUCUUUGACGGAAAAACUGUUAGACGCUGUUUUAUCUGAUAAAAUCGGUCAUCACGAGCACGCUGAAGGAGGGGUGAACUUAGCUGCUACUGGAGGCUUAAUGAAUUCCGCAUAUGCUGCAGGAUUCCAUACUGGUUUGGCGGGAGGCAUGCAGGGUGGUGGUGGCGGUGGCGGUGGUGCUGGAGGUAUAUUUUUAAAUUUACUUUUUUAUGAUAACGAUGUAAUCGUAACUCACAUGCGCGCGUAAACACUUCAUCUAUUUUUGUUGUUGAAAAUGUUAUUGUUGUUAUUAUUGAUGCAGUAUGUAUAUGUGAUUAUUCUUGCGGUCUUUUUUUGUAGACAACGCAGCCAUUAUGGAUGGAAUUAACAGGUUAACCAAUACUGUUGCUA